AUGGUAAAUGGCUCAGUACCCUUUGCGUGUGGCCCAAUCAAAAAGGCCGUGGUUUGGCCAGUGAUAUCAAGGUCUCGGUCGCCGGUGGAAGGUGGGGAUGGAUGCUUGGGGGGUCGGGUGGUGGCUUCAUCAGGUCCGUCAGCACUCUGCGUCUCACUGGCCGGUGGCUUAUUUGCCGUUAUUUCAGUUUCACCCUCGUCUCUCCCGUUCAUUCCACCACCGUAG